GUACCUCAUGUGACAAGUUCCAAUUUCUUUUUAAAGUCAAUUGAACUGAAAUCUCCUUGCCUUUGAAAUCUUAGAAGAGAGCCCACCAAGUUAAGGACCCUUACCAUGGGAGCACCUGCUGGUUCUGUCACAGUGAAACAGCUGGUUUGUGUGCUCUUCGUGUGCUCCUCUGCAGUGGCGCAAUUGCAUCAAGAUCCCACCUUGGAUCACCACUGGAAUCUCUGGAAGAAAACCUAUGGCAAACAAUAUAAAGAAAAGAAUGAAGAAGCAGUACGACGUCUCAUCUGGGAAAAGAAUCUAAAGUUUGUGAUGCUUCACAACCUGGAGCAUUCAAUGGGAAUGCACUCAUAUGAUCUGGGCAUGAACCACCUGGGAGACAUGACCAGUGAAGAAGUGAUGUCUUUGAUGAGUUCCCUGAGAGUUCCCAGCCAGUGGCAGAGAAACAUCACAUAUAAGUCAAACCCUAAUCAGAUGUUGCCUGAUUCUGUGGACUGGAGAGAAAAGGGGUGUGUUACCGAAGUGAAAUAUCAAGGUUCUUGUGGUUCUUGCUGGGCUUUCAGUGCUGUGGGAGCCCUGGAGGCACAGCUGAAGCUGAAAACAGGAAAGCUGGUGUCUCUCAGUGCCCAGAACCUGGUGGAUUGCUCUGAAAAAUAUGGAAACAAAGGCUGCAAUGGUGGCUUCAUGACAGAGGCUUUCCAGUACAUCAUUGAUAACAAAGGCAUCGACUCAGAAGCUUCCUAUCCCUACAAAGCCACGGAUCAGAAAUGUCAAUAUGACUCAAAAUAUCGUGCUGCCACAUGUUCAAAGUACACUGAACUUCCUUAUGGCAGAGAAGAUGUCCUGAAAGAAGCUGUGGCCAAUAAAGGCCCAGUGUGUGUUGGUGUAGAUGCAAGUCAUCCUUCUUUCUUCCUCUACAGAAGUGGUGUCUACUAUGACCCAGCCUGUACUCAGAAAGUGAAUCAUGGUGUACUUGUGAUUGGCUAUGGUGACCUUAAUGGGAAAGAAUACUGGCUUGUGAAAAACAGCUGGGGCAGCAACUUCGGUGAACAAGGAUAUAUUCGGAUGGCAAGAAAUAGAGGAAAUCAUUGUGGGAUUGCUAAUUAUCCCUCUUACCCAGAAAUCUAGAGGAUCUCUUCGUUUUAUAACAAAUCAAGAAAUGUGAAGCACUUUCUCUUAAUUUUUCCUGCUGUAUCCAGAAGAAAUAAUUGUGUCAUGAUUAAUGUAUAUUUACUGUACUAUUUAGAAAAUAUAGUUUGAGGCUGGGCGUGGUGGUUCACGCCUGUAAUCCCAGCACUUUAGGAGGCCAAGGCAGGCAGAUCACCUUGAGGCCAGGAGUUCAAGAUCAGCCUGGCUAACAUGGUGAAACCCCCUCACUACUAAAACUACAAAAAACUAGCUGGGCAUGGUGGUGCAUGCCUGUAAUCCCAGCUACUCAGGAGAUUGAGGCAGGAGAAUCCUUGAACCCAAAAGGUUGAGGCUGCAGUGAGCUGAGAUCACGCCACUGCACUCCAGCUUGGGUGACAGAGUGGAGACUGUCUCAAAAAACAAAAAAAAAAAGAAAAUAUAAUUUGAUUUUUCCUUUUUUUAACUUUGCAAAUCUCAGGAAAAAGUUUGCUAAGUAAAUUAGUAAUGUACUGUAGAUAAAACUGUAUAAAAAUUGUUCAACCUAAAACAAUCUGUCAUUUCUCAUUGUUUUAUUGUAUACUGUUUGUCUUUUUAAGACCCUUAACAGCCUUUUGUAACUUGAUGGCUUAAAAGUACUUAAUAAAUCUGCCAUUUCAUAUGUCUAUCAUUGCCACAUACCAUUCUUAUUCCUAGGCAACUAUUGAUACUCUACCCUGAAAAUAUUAAUUGUGGUAUUCUGGUGAUGGGCUUUAGCAACUUUGAUGGAAGAAAAUAUUAGGCUAAAUAAAAGUAAAAUUUAAAAAAGAGAAACAAAAAGAAAGAAAAUAUUAGGCUAUAAAUGUCCUAAGGGCUCAGAUUGUAUCUUUGCACAUGAAAGGAUUUAACACGUCGGGUGUGGUGGCUCACGCCUGUAAUCUCAACACUUUGGGAGGCUGAGGUAGGAGGAUCGCCUUGAGCUCAGGAGUUCAAGACCAGCCUGGGCAACAUAGUGAGGACCUGUCUCCACAAAAAUUAAAAGGAAACUAGCUAGGAGUGGCAGUGUGUGCCUAUGGUCCCCGCUAAGCAGAUGUCUAAGACAGAAGGAUCAUGUGAGCCCAGGACGUCAAGACUGCAGUGAGCUGUGAUUGUGCCACUGCACUCCAGCCUGGGUGACAGAGCGAGACCCUGUCUUAAAAAAAAGAGGAUUCAGUAAACGUUUUUAAAUUAAAUCACGUUAAAGAAAACAAAUGCAUAAAACACAAGCACUUUGGAAGAAUUGUUUUAAUGAUCAACAAUUUAAUAUACUAGUCCAAAUUAUUUUGACCUAGCCAUAACAAUUUGACCAAGGCCUUUUCUUGGCAAAUAACUGAGCCAGCUGGAGUACAACAGCCGUUACCCCACUGCUUACACUUUUGUCUGAUCCAGACGGAUCUUCCUCACAGAUGCUCUAGAGAAGUAGACGCAUCUCUCAAGUUCAUGUCAUGGGCAUGAACAAUGUGUGGGGUAAUGUCAUUAAUGUAUCCUAAACUGACCUAAACUAAUUUCACUAAGUCUGGCUCCUUCUCCAUAAAGCACAUUUUAAGGAAGAAGAUUUGCUAAAUAUAAAAACAUAAUACCAUAAUACAUGGCUAUCAUAAAAAGUGUAGAGAAUAUUGUAGAUAUUAUA